UCUGCUCCAUCCAUGGAGGACUCAUCCAAUGCCCCGAGAAACAAAAGGCAAAGACUUGCAGACCUGCAAAGCAGUGGCAAUGAAUCUUCACCUGACACAAGAACGCCCAGAAGAAGUGCUUCUUCGACUGAUUCAAUAAAUAUGUUGACGACUUCUGUUGCUUUGAUGGAGAAAUUAGAGCCCAUCAUGACUCCUGCUGCUGGUUCACGAGAGACUUUGGAGACAACUCCGGGUUCUUUAUCUGGUUUGGAGGAGAGCACGAGUCUCGUUCAUGGUUCUCUCUCUGCAUCAGAAGAAGUACACGAAGCCAGGCAGGUUUCAAAAGACAGGGAAAACCCAAUCACAGCUUCUUUCUCUAGUUCACUGGAGCCAUCUCAGCCUGUGGAAGACACUUGCUUCAGUGAAGAAGAGACACAAGCACCCAUUGUGAAUUCUGGAGCCAUGUCGUCUUCUCACAUGGACCAAGAAAGGGAACAUGUACCAAAGGAGAUUACUCCCCUGAAUUCAAAUGAAAUGGAGGCUCCUUUAUCAGAACACAUUGAGGCUUUAUCCACUGGUCAAGAAUGGCCCGGUUCAAUGGAGAAUCCCGACCUCACUAAUCAAGAAGGACAACAUUCACAAGAAAAACCAGAAGAGGCAGAAGCAGGAGGCGGAGAAGUAGAAGAAAGACCAGAAGUGGCAGAAGUAAGAGGAGGGAGAGAAGUGGAGGAAGGAGAAGUAGCAGGUGGAGAAUCACACCCUCGUGCAACAACAAACGACUCAGCCAUCGAGUACAUAGUGAAAAUAAAUGAUGAGAGAGAUUUGGUCGAACUGACCCGAUUUGGCGAAAAUGAGUUGGGUCGAGCCCAUAGAAGGCUUGUGAAUUUUUCCAUUAGAAAUGCAGCAGCACAUAGGGUUUUCUUUGAUGACAGAAGCUCUGGAAACCUCUUCAUCUCAGGUGUGGUUCUUCCUUUUAAUGGCGCCGAAUUAAAUUUUAGGUUUUACUGUGUGUGUUUCGGGCCAGUUCGUUCAUGGUGUAUAACAGGCUUUCGUGAAGGGUCCCUGGAAAUUUGGGUCUCGACAGACAUCGCUGACUACCUUUGUGUAAAUGCUGCUACAGAAUACCAGACUCUCUAUAAUUUCUUCCAUUAUAAGGCCUUACUCUGCAUUCAAGCCACUCACGAGCUCGAAGAGGACCCUGAACUGGAGAUGGACAGACUUUCAAAUUGUCUUGCCACUUUGUCGCAUGAAUGCCUUGGUCGCUUUGGCCAUGAUGAAGCGGUGAUCAUCGUGAGGCAUCAUCUACCAUUUAUAGCUGAUCAGCUGGCUGGGCUUGAUCAAAGGUUCUCUGAUUUUCAGGUAAUAGAAACAAUAAGUACAGAGUUUAAGGAUCAGGUAAAGAAUUUUGAAAUGCUUAGGCAAAUGAACACGGCGAAUGGAUGGAAAUUGUCCGGUUCUUUCUACUCGAUCCAAGAUUAUAAUGAGGCGAACCAUGGGGGGUGCAUGAAAAGUAGUCACGAAAGAUCCAUGACAGAGACUUUGUCCCCCUCCAUUGCUCUCAGUAGUGAGGAGAACAGUUCCCUCGAAACUACUGAGACACAUGAGAGGAAUCUUGACAGGGCACUCACGGAUCCUCAGGACAUAGGAGAAAAAUUGGAGUCAGAAGCAGUUAGCAUGACCCGAACCGGAGAUAGUGAAGCUAAGCGUCCCCUUCGAACACUUAGGGGAUUCGAGAUUUUGGAUGGGAGAGAAGCCAUGCAACCAAUUGAAGACUCAGAGUCUGACGAAUUCUACAUUACCUCUGAGAUUUGGCCGUUCAAUGUAGCCAAUUCGGACCAAGUGGUAAGAUGUGAGAUGUUUGGGGAGAUCACCUCCUGGUGCAUUACAGGUUACAAUGAGGGGUACCCUUUUAUUUGGGUCUCAACUAAAAUUGCAGAUUACCUUUGUGACGAGCCCAAUGAAGGCUACUCGCCUUUCUUUAAGGCCUUAUACGAAAAGGCGAUGCUCAGUAUUCUAGCCUUUCAGAUUCUUAGUAACGCAGCAUACAUGCAUUUUGAUGAGUUUUUACUAAAACUGGUUUCAGAUCUAAUGGACCGUUUGGGCACCUUCAAAGAAGAAGAAGCUUCUCUAGACUAUGUAAAUUCUCAGUUGGGUUUCGUGGCUAAGCAGUUAAUUGGACUCGAUACGAUCUUCUUCUCUAAAUUGCCAGUCAUAAAGACCAUUACAGAUAAGUUCAAUGUGAAUAUUGGAGAGGCAACGAAUAGGAAGGCUUGUCGUUCAUUUUUCUCGAUCCAUGAAAAGAACAAAGGGAGAGAAGGAACCAGCAAUCAAGCUAUUCAUGUAGAAGAGAAGCCUAGGUCAAGUGAGCUCAAAGUCCAGUAAGGGGAUUAGGAAAGAAGAGAGCAUGGAAGUGGAUCAUGUUGAAGCCAGAGUUAGUAUCUGUUUGUGAAAGCGCUUGUGCUCAAGUAUCUCUCUCUCUCUCUCUCUCUCUAACAUGCCUCACCUCUAAAAUACACAUGAUCAGACAUGGUUAA